CGGGAACCCGCAGUGUCGAACCAAACUCCCAAGACGAUCUAUCUCUACGCCGCGCGUAAGACGUAAAAGUGGCCCGAAAUUAACGCGCUUUUUUUGUCCGUACGUGUAAACGCGCACCCCACCCCACCUGAGUGCCAGGGGAGGAAUUAAAGACGAAUUGUGAUUAAAAUAAGUGUCAACUGUGGCACCGUGUCGCAGUGGCGGCUCAUACAGCCGCGAAUCUUCGACCAUGCUGGUACCACCAGACAUGCUUGCCGCCCAGAGCAAGAUGGUGUACCAGAUCAACAAGUAUUACACGGAGAAGGUCCAGACGAGGAAGCUGCAGAUCAGCAAGACCAUCCAGGAGGUUUGCAGGGUGGUGCAGGACGUCUUGAAGGAGGUGGAAGUGCAGGAACCAAGGUUCAUAUCCAGCCUAACGGAUUAUAACGGAAGGUACGACGGUUUGGAGGUGAUAUCGCCCAUUGAGUUCGAGGUGGUGAUCUAUCUGAACCAGAUGGGCGUUUUGAACUUCGUGGACGACGGAACAUUGCCCGGUUGUGCCGUUCUGAAGUUGUCCGACGGCAGGAAGCGGUCCAUGUCCCUUUGGGUGGAGUUUAUAACGGCUUCUGGGUAUCUGUCGGCGAGGAAGAUGAGGUCCAGGUUUCAGACUUUAGUGGCGCAAGCUUGUGACAAGUGUUCGUAUCGGGAUUCAGUGAAAAUGAUCGCGGAUACCACGGAAGUCAAACUCAGGAUCCGGGAAAGGUAUAUAGUUCAAAUAACUCCCGCUUUUAAAUGUGCCGGUUUGUGGCCUAGAAGUGCAGCUCACUGGCCUCUUCCCCAAAUACCGUGGCCUCACCCGAACUUGGUAGUCGAAGUGAAAACCGAAGGUUUCGACCUGUUAUCCAAAGAAUGCAUCACGUUGCAAGGCAAGCAGAGCGCCAUGGAAGGUGACGCUUGGGUCCUGUCGUUCAUCGAAGCCGAAAAUCGACUUCUGCAAGGCGGUUGUCGAAAACGCUGCCUCAGCAUCUUGAAGACCUUGAGGGACAGACACCUGGACCUCAUAGGCAAUCCAGUCACCAGUUAUCACAUGAAAACCUUGCUCUUAUACGAGUGCGAGAAACAUCCCAGAGAAUCCGAAUGGGAUGAAUCCUGCAUAGCAGAUAGAAUCAACGGGAUAUUUCUGCAACUCAUAUCAUGUUUGCAGUGUCGCAGAUGUCCACAUUAUUUCGUUCCAAACGUGGACUUGUUCAAGGGAAAAUCGGCUAGCGCUUUGGAAAACGCGGCCAAGCAAGUUUGGAGACUGACUAGGGAGAUGUUGACGAACACGAGAUGUUUUGAUAAGUUAUAGUUUUUUCGUUGUGCGUGUGGAAGAGAACGAUUGUUUAGUUAAGUACAAAUCGAGUAAUUCUUGUUGAGAUUGUAACCUUAUUUAUUUAAUCCAUGAAAAGACUCCUCUUGGAGAGAACUGCCAGUAACCCUUUUUUAUUCGAGACUGUGAUCUGAGGUUUUUAGCGAAAUAUUAUUAUUGGUAUGGUAUAUUUUGUAUAUUAUUAAUUAUUACGAAUAAACAUUAUUUAUACUUCA